AGGUUCAUUCUUCAAGAUAUUUUGGAAAUGGCACAUUUUAACCCUCAAGGGCGGACGCUUCAUGAAUUGUUCGACACUUAAUAAGCACAGGGCAGCGUGCUAGGCUUUGGGAGAACAGUGGUGGGCGAAAGCAGACGCUGUUCCUGCAGUGGUGGAACUUGUGGUCUAGCUGGGGGCACGUGUUAAUCAAGUCAUCAUGCAAAACGUGCCUGAUUAUAAUUGGGCCCAAGAUGAAGAUGAAAGGACUGUUCUUGUUGACAACAAAUGUAAGUGUGCCCGGAUUACUUCCAGGAUCAUCCCUUCUGCUGAAGAUCCUAGUCAAGACAUUGUGGAGAGAAACAUCAGAAUUAUUGUUCCUCUGAACAGCAGGGAGAAUAUCUCUGAUCCUACCUCACCCCUGAGAACCAAGUUUGUGUACCAUUUGUCCGACCUCUGUAAAAAAUGUGAUCUUACAGAAGUGGAGCUGGAUAAUCAAGUAGUUACUGCCACCCAGAGCAAUAUCUGUGAUGAAGACAUUGAGACUUGUUACACUUAUGACAGAAACAAGUGCUAUACAAACAGGGUCCCACUUACCUAUGGUGGUAAGACCAAAAUGGUGGAAACAGCUUUGACCCCGGAUUCCUGCUAUCCUGACUAAUUUAAGUCAUUGCUGACUGCACAACUCCUUAUCUUGAGAGGCUCUCCAUUUUGAUUCCAGGUAGUUAAUAUAUUUACUACCAGUGAAUGUGAAACCAUGAUUUUUUUUGGGGGAUAAUAUAAAACUAACUACCCCACUCCCCCCCACCCCCCUGCCCCUGGGAAAAUAACUGAAAUAGUAGCAUUGUUAUUUUUUAAGGUAAAUUUCUAGCAUUUAAAAAAAUAAACAAGGGGAGAAAAUAAAACUCAAAAGAGUAAAAAUAAGGAGACAUAACUAAAUUUUGCCUUUUUUUUUUUUUUUGGCUUUGCCCUGGAGAGCCCAAGCUUUUGCGCAUUCCACACUAUUCUCUUCAAAAAAAGUAUCACUGUGCAGAGAAAAUUUAUAUGUAUAUAUAGGUCAAUUGUUUGUCUUCAUUAGAAAAAUAAUAAUUGGAAAAUACGUUUUGGAAAUAUUCAUAAAAUAAUUUAAAAUGGAUCUCUAAUAUUUAUGAAACCAAUUAGCUGAAAGUGACAUAAUUAAGCGUAUAAUUGAAAAAUAUAUUUUGAUAUAACAGAUUUGGGAGCAAAUGAUAUGGAUUUUUUUUAAUAAAAUUUUUUUGAUAAUCAGGAGAGUGUGAGAAAUUCCCAUUAGAAAUCACCUCUGUUAUAACUGAAUCUAACAAAUUAUGUAUUCCAAAAUAUGUAUUCUCCAGCACAGUUUGAACAAUUAAAUAGAUUCAUAAGCAUA